AGGUGCAGGCUCUGGUAAUAGGAGAGCGGCGGCUCCACAUACAAUCCGUUAUCUGCCAUCAUAUAGGCAGCAGCCGUCCGCCACCUCUCCCUAUGGGACGCCCUGUGUGAACAGCAUGCAGCCUCACCCUGCAGCAGGAGCGGACUUGGUGGAGGACUUGUGAAGGAGGGGGCAGGCUGGUACCUUGCAGGGCACAGCACUUGUGGCAUGCUGGCAGCCGCCUAGGAUGGGCUGAUAGGUAGCCCUGCCUGUCAUGAUGCUUGGACUCCGGAGCCCCAGUGGCCCCCUGGUUGUGGUGUCCUUCCUGUGCCUCCUCGGAUGGAGCCAGACCUGUCCCGUCCUGAUCCACAGCUGUAAGUGUGUGGUGGAGCGCCCCAAACCCGGGGUGGGCGCCCCUGCCCCCAGGAAGAAGGUCAUCUGCACCAACGAGGAGCUGCUGGAGGUGCCCGAGCCUGCCCUGCUGCCCAACAAGACUGGCACCCUGAUUCUCAGCAAUAAUAAGAUAACUAUAUUGAAGAAUGGCUCAUUUUAUGGACUUUUGGACCUGGAGAGGCUUGAUUUGAAGAACAACUUGAUCAGCAAAAUGGAACCUGGAGCUUUCUUGGGACUGCCUGAGCUGAAGCGCCUGGACAUCUCCAAUAACAGAAUUGGCUGUGUAAUUCCUGCUGCAUUUCAGGGUCUGAGCAGUCUAUCCCGCCUAUUUUUGUCUGGAAAUAUCUUCUCUACUCUCAGUCCUGAGGUGUUUGAUGAGCUUCCUUCCCUGAAACUUGUGGACUUUUCCACAGAUUUCCUAACCUGUGAUUGUCACCUGCAAUGGACAGCUGCCUGGGCCAGAAAUGGUUCUGGUAAGAUCUCAGAUAGGACGUUUUGCUCAUACCCAAGUGCACUAAGAGACCGACCAUUGAGGAACCUGAAGGAAAGUCAGCUAAUUUGUGGAGGGACUCCAGAGCUCCAUACACACCAGCUCAUCCCAUCAUUGCGACAAGUUGUGUUUCAAGGUGACCGAAUACCUAUUCAAUGUACAGCAAGUUACAUGGGUAAUACCAGUCAAAUAAUCUGGUAUCAUAAUGGGAAGCGGGUGGAAGAGGAUGAAGAACAAGGGAUCAUACUGGAGGAGACAAUUAUCCAUGACUGCACCUUCAUUACAAGUGGUCUGAUCCUCUCCAACAUCUUACUUUCUGCUAAUGGUGAGUGGGAGUGUAGCGUAUCUACCAAAUAUGGCAACAUCAGCAAGAAAGUGGAGCUAGUGGUUUUGGAAACUUCUGCAUCAUACUGUCCAGCAGAUAGAGUGACCAACAACAGAGGAGACUUCAGGUGGCCCCGGACAUUGGCUGGCAUUAGCGCCUAUCAGCCGUGCCUGCAGUAUCCCUUUAUGUCGGCCUCACCAAAUGGACAGGAGAAGAAAGCCUCACGCCGCUGUGAUCGAUCGGGACAGUGGGAGGAAGGGAACUAUUCCAACUGCCUGUACAAGAACGACAUCACCAGGGUGCUGUUCACCUUUGUGUCCAUGCCAAUCAAUGAAUCUAAUGUGCUGACGCUUGCUCACCAGCUGCGGAUGUAUACAGCAGAAGCAGCCAACUUCUCAGACAUGAUGGAUGUCAUCUACGUAGCUCAGAUAAUGGAAAAAUUCAUUGGUUUAGUUGACCAAGUGAAAGAGCUUGCAGAUGUCAUGGUGGAGAUGGCCAGCAACAUCAUGAUGGUUGAAGACCAUAUCUUGUGGAUGGCUCAGGUGGAGGAUAAAGCUUGUAGCAGUAUUGUCCAGACAGUGGAGAAGAUUGCAGGUCUAACUCUCAGCGGUGAUUCCCAAGACCUGUCUGUGAGCACAAGGAACAUUGCCUUAGAGGCCUUCCUCAUCAUACCCAACAGUUUUGUUGGUUUAGGUUGCACAGCUUUCCAAAGAAAAGAUGGAGGACGAGGUAACCACAAGGCAGAGAAAGACAGGAAAGAACAAGAGUCCAGCACACAUACUGAUCAGAGACUAAGGUUCCGCUGUACCACGGGGCACACCAACAUCUCCCUGUCCAACUUCCAUGUUAAGAACAGCCUUGCAUUGGCCUCUGUUCAUCUACCUCGAAGUCUCUUUACUUUGUCCUCACCUGCAACCUGCAAACUGCAAGUCUUGGCCUUCAGGAAUGGAAAGCUGUUUAGGAGUGUAGGGAACUCCUCGAGGUUGGCAGAGGAUGGGAAAAGACGAAGUAUCUCUACCCCUGUCAUAUAUGUAGGAACACGAGGCUGUGGUAUUAGUAACCUUACUGAUCCGGUUACGGUUACUCUCCGGCACUUGGUGAAGGGAUCCGACCCACUUCCAGCACAGUGGAACUUCAAAGCAUUGGAAGGAUAUGGCGGCUGGAGCUCAGAGGGCUGUCAGCUUCUAUCAGAGGAGCCAAAUAUCACCAGCAUGCAGUGCUUACAGCUCAGCAAUUUUGCCAUCCUGACGGAACUUAACACAUUCCCACCGCCACCUGCACAUGGCACCGACAUCCUACAUCCAGUUAUCUACUGUACGGCCAUACUUCUGCUCUGCCUGUUCACCACCAUUAUUACGUACAUUGUAAAUCACAGCUCCAUCCAGAUUUCCCGGAAAGGUUGGCACAUGCUGCUUAAUAUCUGCUUCCACAUUGCAAUGACGUCGGCUGUGUUUGCUGGAGGAAUCACUCUUAUGGGGUACCUCAUCGUGUGCCAAGCUGUCAGCAUCAUUCUGCAUUAUUCUUCCUUGUCUACUCUUCUUUGGAUGGGUCUUAAAGCCCGAGUAAUCUACAAGGAGCUGACCCACAAACCUCAACCACAGCAGGAAGGAGAAGUGACGCAACCUCCUCACAGGCCGAUGCUCAGGUUCUACUUGAUUGCUGGAGGGAUUCCCCUGAUCAUAUGUGGGAUCACCGCUGCUGUGAACAUCAACAAUUCCAGGGACAACAGUCCUUACUGUUGUUUGGUAUGGAGGCCAAGUCUAGGUGCUUUCUAUGUACCAGCGGCUCUCAUCCUGCUUGUCACAUGGAUAUAUCUUCUUUGUGCCGGGAUAAAUUUAAAGCGACAGCCUACUGACCAAAAGGAUCUUGCAGAGGCCAAUGAUGCACAGCAAGCACAUGGCGGAAUAAGUCAUCUUCUGAGUGAUUCCACUUCCAUAUCAGUGACCCUUAACUCAGCAUCUCCAGCAGAUGUAGACACUGUGUAUUCCUUGCAAGUGCAAUUCUGGUCUCUGGUGAUUGUCCAUAUACUGUAUAUUGUCCUUUGGAUUUUCGGAGCCUUUGCAGUAUCACAAGGAUGGUAUUUAAAUGUUAUCUUCAGUUGUCUCUAUGGAGUAACAGCGGUGGCCUUAGGGCUGUUCAUCUUUAUUCACCACUGUGUGCGACGUCAAGAUGUCCAGCGUUCUUGGUUUUCUUGCUGCCCAUCAUACACAGACUCAUUACCAAUCCAAGCCUAUGUGCACACUAGCUCCCCUGUAGAUGACUCACCUCAGGUGUAUAUUGGGUGCAGUCCUGAAGUGGAGCACUCAGUUAAGUCUACAUCAUCCCCAAGCAACAGCAUUAACUCUAAUACUGGACCUUGCAAAAUCACAAAUUUACAGGUGGCUCAGAACCAGGCAGAAAUCUGCCCACCCAAGCCACCUAGCUGUGAAGAUAUUGAGCCAACCAACAACAAAAUUGUGACCGCUCCAAGUCGUUAUGUGAACAAUUUGCAUGGUCGUAGAAACCAUAAAAGCAGAACUAAGCAGUAUCGGGAAGGGAAGCACCAUAGGUUAAAGGUGCUACGUGGGCCUUCUUCCGACCUGCCUUCCAGUGAAAGUGGCAGUGUCCACAACAGUCAUUCUGAAAGCUAUCAUAGCAAGAACAGCCCUUUGAACAAUGGCAGGGGGGUGGCAGCUAGAGAGCCAGAGGGUGCACUUACCCACUCUGAAGGAAGUGACAGCAGUGGGCAGCAGGCACAAGACUUUGCUAGAGCGCAGAGGAAAAGUGCCAGUCGGGACAAUCUAAAACAAGCAAACAGCAUGGAACGGGAGACCAAGCGGAGGUCCUACCCUCUUAACACAGGCAACCAGAAUGGGGUUUUAAAGGGUAGCAAGUAUGAAAUCAACCUUGCACCUGCAGAGAGCACUACGGUUAUGAAGACAGGCCUCUGGAAGAGUGAAACUACUGUGUAGUUUGUGAUUAAGCAAAAAAAAUAAAAAAAUAAAAACACAAUACAAAAAACAGCAUGUGCCAUACAAGGCAUAGAUCGAAUUGACCCAGAUGGCAACAUAUGCUAGGAAAUGGGCUCUCCGCAGCCAUGUGUUGUGAUGAUAGAUUGGUUGGUGCAAUCGCCUUGGACCUGACCUAUAUGAACGCCUAGAAUAUAUGUGCCAAAGUGUGUGUGUAAUGUCAGAGAUCACAUUGGCUUAUGGCAAUGUACACACAUUAGUUUAAAGCCUAAGGAUUGUGUAAAUGUGUUGUACUGAGGAUUUGUGUUAUCUAAUUACGAAAGCGUUCAAGGAAAAGUUGAAGUAUCAAGGAACCAAACUGGAUUCAUUGACAGUGUUUCAAACCUUGGAGAAAACGUAAGACUUGUGAAUUCCUGAAGGGAUCCUGGUGACUCAAGGUCAGCACCCCAGCAGGCCAGCUGCAUCAAGUAACUGGCUUUUCUCCUUAGAAAGCCAAGUGCCUUAUAAGCUUCUUGAUUUUCUCAAUUAGCACUUUCUCUACUCCGAGGCAUCCAUUGGAUGGUGCACUUAUACAAUACCCCUUCAAGCUUUUAAUUUGCACCUUCUUGUAGAUUUCACCCAGUCACUUGGGCCAGUUUCUGUCCGGAGUUACUAGAGGUUUUGUAUUUUUGCGACGUGCCAUGAUGUAUCCUUCAGAAGGAACUGAAGAGUAUGCGACACCCUGAUAUUUAAUGAAAUGCAUCUUCACAGUCUGUACCUUGGUACAAUCUGCUACAUUGACCAAAAAUGACAGUUUUUGACCAUAGUUGUGCUUCAGAAGCAUUUGAAUUGUUUUGUUAACUUGUUUGUAUCAUACAAAAUUGACGACAAUCCGGACAGACCUUCACGAAAAUCACUUCUGCAUGUUCUGUGUGUAAAGGGUUAUUUUUAAAUGUGUUAUAUCAGAGGGAAACGUUUAUUUUUCAAAUACAGAAUUAUAUUGUAUAUUGUAUAGACAGAUCAGGAUCACUUUUUUGGAGACCUGUGUAAUUUGCCAUAUCGCUAUUAAACUCCGUGUCUAUGUAUGAAAAUGCAAACUUUAAUUGUUAAAAAAAAAUGUAUGUGUAAGCAAAGUGAUAUAAAGGCCUCCGGAUGUGAUCAGAUAGUGUGGACAGUCGAGAAAUCCCAGAAAAACUCAUAUGACUGUAUUUUCGGUCCGCAUCCGAUCCACAUUUUUUGUGGAACCCAUUCAUUUCUAUGGGGCCGCAAAAAAUUGGUUUUGUGGACGGGAAUAGGCAUUUUUACAAUGGGGCCCAUGAAAAGUGUGGGAUGAACCCAGACUGCAUCCACAUUUUAUGGAUCCAUGAUUUCGAGACCUCAAAACGUAUACGUUCAUGUGAAUGUA